AUGAGCGCGCGGUUAGGCCUGUCCCAUGGUCCUUCCCUGGCCUGUGGCUCGGGCGGGAGCAGCCCGGCUCCACGUGGGUCUUGUACUGCCCCCCUCGAUGUGCAGCUACAGCACCAUUUCCAAACUUGUGGAAGGUCAGCCCGGAGGGGUCCCACCAUCUCAGUGGACCCCGCAGGAUCCGGGCAGCAGAACUGCAAGGUCUUCAAGGCCACGAGCCAGUGGGCUUCCGUAGGGUCCCAGGGCUGCCUUCCGCCUGACGGUUCCGUCCCUGCCCCACGCCCACAGCCCGAGGAGCUGACCAACGUCCUGGAGAUCUGCAACGUGGUCUUCACCAGCAUGUUCGCCCUGGAGAUGCUCCUGAAGCUGGCCGCCUUCGGGCUCUUCGAUUACCUGCGCAACCCCUACAACAUCUUCGACAGCAUCAUCGUCAUCAUCAGCAUCUGGGAGAUCGUGGGGCAGGCGGACGGCGGGCUGUCAGUGCUGCGGACCUUCCGGCUGCUGCGGGUGCUGAAGCUGGUGCGCUUCAUGCCCGCGCUGCGACGCCAGCUGGUGGUGCUCAUGAAGACCAUGGACAACGUGGCCACCUUCUGCAUGCUGCUCAUGCUCUUCAUCUUCAUCUUCAGCAUUCUCGGGAUGCACAUCUUUGGCUGCAAAUUCAGCCUCCGCACAGACACGGGAGAUACAAUCCCCGACAGGAAGAACUUCGACUCCCUGCUCUGGGCCAUCGUCACGGUGUUCCAGAUCCUCACCCAGGAGGACUGGAACGUCGUCCUCUACAACGGCAUGGCCUCCACCUCCCCCUGGGCCUCCCUCUACUUUGUUGCCCUCAUGACCUUCGGCAACUACGUGCUCUUCAACCUGCUGGUGGCCAUCCUGGUGGAGGGCUUCCAGGCGGAGGGUGACGCCAAUCGCUCCUACUCGGACGAGGACCAGAGUUUAUCGAACACGGAGGAGUUUGACAAGCUGCAGGAGGGCCUGGACAGCCUCGGAGAUCCCAAGCUUUACCCAAUUCCUCUGACUCCCAACGGGCACCUGGACCUCAGUCUUCCUCUGUGUGGACAUCUGGGCCCCGUUGGGACCGCGGCACCUGCCCGCCUGUCGCUGCAGCCGGACCCUAUGCUGGUGGCCCUGGGCUCCCGCAAGAGCAGUGUCAUGUCACUGGGGAGGGUGAGCUACGACCAGCGCUCCCUGUCCAGCUCCAGGAGCUCCUACUGUGGGCCGUGGGCGGGCCCGGGCCCCGGGCACGAGGACUGCAAUGGCAGGAUGCCCCACAUCGCCAAGGAGGUCUUCACGCAGAUGGGUGACCGCCGGGACCACGGGGAGGAUGAGGAGGAGGUGGACUAUACUCUGUGUUUCCGGGUGCGCAAGAUGAUUGACGCGUACAAACCCGACUGGUGCGAGAUCCGCGAGGACUGGUCUGUCUACCUCUUCUCCCCUGAGAACAGGUUCCGGGUCCUGUGCCAGACCAUCAUUGCCCACAAGCUCUUCGACUACGUCGUCCUGGCCUUCAUCUUCCUCAACUGCAUCACCAUCGCCCUGGAGCGGCCCCAGAUUGAGGCCGGCAGCACCGAACGCAUAUUCCUCACCGUCUCCAACUACAUCUUCACCGCCAUCUUCGUGGGCGAGAUGACACUGAAGGUGGUCUCGCUGGGCCUGUACUUCGGGGAGCAGGCGUACCUGCGCAGCAGCUGGAACGUGCUGGACGGCUUUCUGGUCUUCGUGUCCAUCAUCGACAUCGUGGUUUCCCUGGCCUCGGCCGGUGGAGCCAAGAUCUUGGGGGUCCUCCGGGUCCUGCGGCUCUUGCGCACCCUACGACCCUUGCGGGUCAUCAGCCGGGCCCCGGGCCUGAAGCUGGUGGUAGAGACUCUCAUCUCCUCCCUUAAGCCCAUCGGCAACAUUGUCCUCAUCUGCUGUGCCUUCUUCAUCAUCUUCGGCAUCUUGGGGGUACAGUACAACUUCGACAACCUGGGCCAGGCCCUGAUGUCCCUCUUCGUCCUGGCCUCCAAGGAUGGCUGGGUGAACAUCAUGUACAAUGGACUGGAUGCUGUCGCGGUGGACCAGCAGCCCGUGCCCAACCACAACCCCUGGAUGCUGCUCUACUUCAUCUCCUUCCUGCUCAUCGUGAGCUUCUUCGUGCUCAACAUGUUCGUGGGCGUCGUGGUGGAGAACUUCCACAAGUGCCGGCAGCACCAGGAGGCCGAGGAGGCGCGGCGGCGCGAGGAGAAGCGGCUGCGGCGCCUGGAAAAGAAGCGCCGGAAGGCCCAGCGGCUGCCCUACUAUGCCACCUACUGUCCCACCCGGCUGCUCAUCCACUCCAUGUGCACCAGCCACUACCUGGACAUCUUCAUCACCUUCGUCAUCUGCCUCAAUGUGGUCACCAUGUCCCUGGAACACUACAACCAGCCGAUGGUGAGCCCCAGCCCUGCCCCCCGGGGCCGAGAGGCCCAGCGGCUGCCCUACUAUGCCACCUACUGUCCCACCCGGCUGCUCAUCCACUCCAUGUGCACCAGCCACUACCUGGACAUCUUCAUCACCUUCGUCAUCUGCCUCAAUGUGGUCACCAUGUCCCUGGAACACUACAACCAGCCGAUGUCCCUGGAGAUAGCCCUCAAGUACUGCAACUACUUUUUCACCACUGUCUUUGUGCUGGAGGCUGUGCUGAAGCUGGUGGCAUUUGGUCUGAGGCGUUUCUUCAAGGACCGGUGGAACCAGCUGGACCUGGCCAUCGUGCUGCUGUCGGUCAUGGGCAUCACGCUGGAGGAGAUCGAGAUCAACGCGGUGCCUCUUCCCCUCCCCCUGCACCUGCUGUGGCCUCCAGGUCCCGAGGUAGGGAUGGCUGAGCAGAGCUUGGGGUAA